AUGGGAGAAUCAAAAAAGGAAGAUAAUGCUGAUUUUCAAGAGCCUAAAUUAAACAACUUUGAAAAGGCAUUCAUGGACGAUUGGGUAAAGGCACUGGAUCGAGUAGACGAGGGGCGUAGAUGUUUUGAGAAUUUGAAAAAAUUAUUUCAGGAAAUGAUAAGAAUUGAAAAAGAAUAUGAACAUAAUUUAAGUAAUUUGUGUAAUAUAUUUAAAGAGUUUGAUAAUGAAUCUAGUGGUAUAAAAAAUGGAAUCAUUGGAAUAAAAAAAAACAUAGAAAGAAGAUGUGAUCAAAUAAAAGAAUUUGUUAAUUAUGUAGAGAUCGAAAUAAUAAAUAAUACAUUAAAUUCAACAUUAACAAAUCAUAAAAAUGUAUUUAAUUAUAUAAAAUUAGAUGGUAUUGAAAAUAAUAAAAUAGAUGAAGAAGCAAAAAAUGAAAGCUUAAAAUAUAUAGAAAGAUGUGCAUAUUCAUAUGGAUCAUUAAUUAAUUCUAUAAACAUUUUUCAUAAUAGUUUUUAUUAUGAUCCUAUAAAAAGAAUUGAAUUAUCAAAUAAUUGUAUCAAACAAUAUUUAAUAGCUAAAAAAAGAGAAGAAGAAUAUAAACAUGCAAUUAAUAAUAUUAAUAAUAUACAAGAAAAAAAAGAAAAAAGAUUAAAAAAUAUUUUAUAUUCUCUUGAAUCUAUGGAUUAUAAACGUAUUGCAUGUUUAAAAGAUAAUGUUAUGAAAUAUUUAAUUUUUUUAAUGUCAUAUAUUAGAAAUGUACAAUAUGAUGUUAAUCUUUGUAUUGACAUUUUUAAAGAUAUUGAUCCAUAUAAAGAGAUUGAAGAAUAUUGUUUAAAAAAAAAAAAUUUAAAUAAAAAACAAAAUGAACAAUUAAUUUUUUAUAAUAACGUUGUUUCAUGGCCAAUGUUAAUAGAUUUCGUAGAUGAAAUAAAUCAUUUUUCUCGAAAAGAUUAUAAAACAAGUUUAUCAUAUAAUGAUAUAGAUGAUAAUACUUCUAAUAUAUCUUCUAAAAAUAAAUAUAGUAAUAUUUUAUUAUCUUUUUUUAAUGUGAAUACAUAUAAAAAGUGGGUUAUAGAAGAUGGAUGUACUGUGCUUGGAUCUGGAAAAUCUUAUGAUUCAGAUAAUGCAUAUUCUGAUAAAUUUAAAGAAGAACAUGAAAAUAGUUCGAGUGUUAUUUCAACUGGUAUAUUUAAUGAUAUAAUAUUUUUUAAGAAAAAUAGAAAAGGUGAUGAAUUGGCAGAAAAGGUCAGUCAAGAAAAUCGUAAAGCUAGUCAAGAGAUGAGUGGUGAAGAAAAUAAAGAGAUAAGCGAUGAGGAAGAUCAAAAGAUGAGUGGUGGGGAAGAUCAAAAGAUGAGUGGUGAGGAAGAUCAAAAGAUGAGUGGUGGGGAAGAUCAAAAGAUGAGUGGUGGGGAAGAUCAAAAGAUGAGUGGUGGGGAAGAUCAAAAGAUGAGUGGUGGGGAAGAUCAAAAGAUGAGUGGUGGGGAAAAUCAAAAGAUGAGUGGUGGGGAAGAUCAAAAGAUGAGUGGUGGGGAAGAUCAAAAGAUGAGUGGUGAGGAGAGAGAUAUACAAAAUAGCAAAAUGAAUCAUGAAACUAAUAGUGACAUUGAUAUGGAAAAAGAAGCCAAUUAUUUAAAUAUAAAAAAAAUAUUUCAGUUGAGUAAUAAAAAUGGAGAUUCUAUGAGAAAUAAUAAUAAAUAUGAUGACGAUUAUUUAUGUAAUUCUAAUUAUGAUUUAACAAAUAGUUCUAACUCCUUAAAAAAUAUAAGAUUGUUUUUUAUUUUUUAUUUGAAGAAUAUUUUUGCAUCUAAUUUUGAUGUAUUAUCUGAGUUUAAUAUUGGCCCAUUUUUUAAUUCAUACAACAAUCGACUUAUAUUUUGCGAAUGUCUGAUGCGGUUCAUUAAAGAGGGUGGCCCAGAAAUAGGUGGUUCAGAAAGAGGUGGUUCAGAAAUAGGUGGUUCAGAAAGAGGUGGUUCAGAAAGAGGUGGUUCAGAAAGAGGUGAUUCAGGAAUAGCUGGUUCAGGAAUAACUGGUUCAGGAAUAGCUGGUUCAGGAAUAGCUGGUUCAGAAAAGGGUGUGAAGGAGAAGAAAGUUAGCAACAGAAAAUCGAUGGUUAUAUUUACAAAAGUUAUUUUAUUAUUUUUAGAUGCAUGUAAUGAAUAUUUCGAUUAUUGGUCAGCAAUGUAUAUUUUAGUAGCAUCUGAAAAUUUAUAUCUUGAAGUAGAUGUAAAUGAAAAUAUAAAUAUUAACAUUUUACUGAAAAAAUAUACAUUUGAAAAAAGUAAUAAAAUAAGUCAUAGUAAUGAUAAAAAUGAUUCUACUUUUGAAAAUAUAAAAAUAAAUUUGGAUAGUGAUAUAGAUGAAAAUAAUAUUAAAAAAGAAGAUGAAGUAAAAAAUAAGGAUUGUAAAAAUAUGAUAAAUAUAUUUGAAGAGAAUAAAAAUGAAACAGGAAUUGAAAUGCGUGAGAGAGUUAAAAUGAAUGUAGAAACAGAAUCUGUGAAAAAAACUGAUGAAAAACAGAAAGUUUAUUUAUAUCGAUUUUUAUAUGAACAUGUUUUAUGGAAUGAUAUAAAAUUUUGGGAAACAUGUCUUUUAAUAAUAAUAUCUGAAAUAAUCCAAGAAUCUAUUUUAUUAGAAAAAUUAAGAUAUGAAAAUAAAGAAUCAUUAAUAAAAAAUUAUUUUUUUUUUUUUAAAUAUUUUAAAAUAUAUAAUAGCAUGAUUAAUUAUGGUUUAUCUGUUAAUCAAAUUGGUUUGUUGUUAAAUAAAAUAUUUCGUUUAUUUAAUUUGAAAACAGAUCCUAUAUCUAGAAAAUAUUUUUUUCAAAUUAUUGAUAUAGCAACAAAUAAAAACAUUACCUUGAAUUAUAUUAAAAUGGGGUCAGAAAAUAUGAACAAUGAAUAUAAAAAGUAUUAUAUGCAAUAUUAUAAUAAUUUUUUAAAUGAUGAUUCACGAAAUGGUGGGAAGAAUUGA